AUGAGCGACAAGGCGAGCGAAAAGAUCAAGACGGUGGUCAGCAACGAUGCCUACGGCCAGCUCACGGCCGACGAGAGGCUCCUGGCCUCGCUGGGCUACAAGCAGGAGUUCCGACGCGAGUUCUCGACGUGGUCGACAAUCUGCUACACGACGUCGGUCAUGGGCGUCGUCGCGUCCUUCACCGCCACGCUCAACUUUCCUCUCGAUGCAGCCGGCCACGUGGGCAUCGUGUGGGCUUGGUUUGUCGGCUCCAUCAUGGUCUGGACCGUGGCGGCGUCGCUGGCCGAGCUGAGCAGCGCCAUGCCCACCAGUGGAGGCCUCUACUAUUUUUCCGCUCGCCUGGCUCCGUCCAAGUGGGCGCCCCUGGCAUCCUGGUGGACGGGCUGGAUGAAUGUGACGGGGCAGGUGUCGCUGGUGUCCUCGAUUGCCUACACGGCGGCACAAUUCAUCUACGCUGCUGCCCUCGUAGCCAAUUCGUCCCUGUCGCUGUCCUUGGGCGAGCUCUACGCCAUCUUUCUCGCCAUUCUCGUCUUCAUCGGUGGCCUCUGCAUGACGGCGACGAAGCUCUUGGCCAAGCUGAAUAUCCUCUACCUGAUUCUCAAUGUGGGCACUGCGCUGGCCGUCAUCAUUGCCUUGGCCGCCACUGGUCCCCACGUCUCGGCGUCUGAAGCCUUUACUUUAUUCGAAAACGGCGGCGGCUGGCCGAACAACGGCAUGGCCUGGCUCCUCGGCCUGACCGCAGUCAUGUGGACACACACAGGCUACGACUCGGCGGUCCACAUUGCUGAGGAGACGCUCAAUGCAUCUCGCGUCGUGCCAAAGGCCAUCGUGGCGGCCGUCUUUACCACGUCUGUGACGGGAUUCGCCCUCAGCAUCGUCACGUCAUUCGGCAUCGCCGACGUCGUGGCAACGGGACAGUCGAGCCUUGGCGUUCCAAUGGCCCAGGUCCUUCUCGAUCACCUGGGCUCCAGGGGCAUGCUUGCCCUCUUUGCGUUCAUCAUUGUCGUCCAGAUCAACACGGCAGCCGCCCAACUCGUCGAUGCAUCGCGCGUUGUCUUUGCCUUUAGUCGCGAUGGCGCCCUGCCCCUGUCUCGGUAUUGGUCCCGGAUCAACUCGCGGACAAAGACGCCGGUCCUGGCAACGAUCUUCGUCGUCGUCUUUGCCGCCCUCUUUGGCCUCCUCACACUCCAGCCGGCUGCCGGGCUGGCGCUCUUUAGCUGUGCCGUCAUCGCCCUCUACAUCUCCUACUGCAUCCCUAUUGCUUUCAGGCUGUUCUCCUCCAGCUUCCAGCGUGGGGUGUGGCACCUCGGCCCCUUUUCGCGGCCCAUUGCUGGUGUGGCCUGUGCAUGGGUCGUCUUCAUCACCAUCAUCCUGCUCUUUCCACAGCAGGUCAAUCCCGGGAUAGCCGACAUGAACUGGGCGAUCCUGAUCUUGGGCGUCAUCGCCCUUGGCUCCUCAGCAUGGUGGCUCAUCGAUGCCCACCGUUGGUUCACUGGCCCUAUUCGCACUGUAGACGAGCUUGAUUCUUGA